AACGGUCAUGUCGCCUCCAAACCGCAAAACUAGCAUCAGCAGCGGGAGCAGCGCCAUUUCCGCUCGUCAGAAUCGCGCCAGCAAUUCGAACUUACGUCCCGUUCUCCAGCAGCAUCCCCCUCAGCACCCGCCACGUCAGCCACCGUACCCUAGUCCCCCCUAUCCGCCAGGUCCCCCGUACCCGCAAGGUCCGCCUUACUCGCAAGGCCCGCCAUACCCCCCGCAGCAGCACCCGCCCGCGCCCUACCCCACCCCUUAUUCUCAUCCUAGCGCGCACCCGCACGGGCCGCCUCCCUUCCCGCCCUAUGCGAACGGCCCUCCCCCCGCCCCCGGCCCCGCAAAUUACGGCCCGCAUUACCCGCUUCCCGCUGGCGCGGGCCCUCCGCCGUACGCACGCGGAUCUCGCGGCGGGCCCUCCGUCGGGGAAGAUGGUUACGGAUCGGACGGCCCGUUACACGGUUACACGUCGGACGAGCCGCCGUUUCGCCGCGGCGGCGCGUACGGUCGUGGCGCGAAUGGCAGCCCUAUGGCGGCGCCGCCGAGAUUAGUGUCCUCAAAGGGCCGCGCGACUCGGCAAUGGUGCGGCGGCAGAUUAUGCUCGCCGUCGCGCCUGCUUCUAAUCUUCAUCCCCGCUUUAGUGUUCUUCUUUAUAAUGAGCGGGCGGAGUCCCGAGAAUUCGCGCAAGGUAGAAGCGGAGGUGUGGGGAGGGGCGGAGGGUGUGGGUGCGUGGCUCGCGGGCGCAGGCGGGGCGGAAGCGCGCGCAGGCGUAGGAGCAGGCGCAGGCGCAGGGGGGGAGAAGGAUUUGCGGAGGGUGCGGUGGAGCAGCGAGGUGGAGGCGGGGGUGGUCGCGGGGGCGGUGGAGAAGGGCUUUAAGAUGGAUCUUAGCACUGCGCGGACUAAACUCCGCACAGAUGCUGACGUGGAGGGGGCCAACAUCGACCACAACAACUCCAUCACCAACCCCUGCUUGACACGUCACUCGCUGCUGCAGCGGGCCUAUCAGGAGGCGCCACCUGGCGCGCUCUCAGCGCUCGGCCAGCCGCGAUUCGUCCAGCGCAGCGGGUACCGGCUGUCGGCCAAUGAGUUCGCAGCAAUCGGGAUGAGCCUACGAGUCAUCAGAGAGAAUGGGGAUGACGGGCUGGGCCACUGCUACUGGGUGGGGCGGGACGGGCGGCAUUUGCAGGGCAGGCUGAGGGGAAUUUACCCUGGAGAACACCAUUUAUUGAUGUAUGAGACGGCAGUGUACCACUGUAGACUCAUGGCGGAAACCACAGGGGAUGGUGGUGGCACUGCAAUGAUCCAACUAGACCGUAUGGAUGUGCCCAUCUACAGUGAACCGCCUGCACCAGCAUCAGCCCUCUCCUCCCUGCUCCCCGCACACCCUCACGGGCAAGCACAUGCCACCACGCAUGCCGCCACGCAUGCCCCGGCCCAUGGCAAUAAACGGAACGCCACACAACCGCAUAAACAAGGCUACGGCUUCACGCAUUGGCAAGCGAUUGGGCAUGGGCCAUCUUUUGAGUACAAUCUGGCCUUCUGCUCGUUCCCCAUGUACCGGGACCUCAACCCCUCCGCGCUGCACGUGUGGCUGCAGGUGGCCUACCACUAUCUCAAGGUGGAAUACUUUGUGCUUAGCGACGGGGGCUCCGUGGACGACACAAUAAUGAAGGUCCUAUCCCCCUUUGUAGCUGCCCACAUUAUGGAGAUAGUCGACAUUCGCGGCGCGUACGCAUUCGAGAACAAGCAGAACGUGCUCACCCUAAACGACUGCAUGUACCGCCUGCGCCCCGCCGCCCGCUGGGUGCUUUUCAUGGACUUCGACGAGCUACUGUACAUCGCGCCGCCGCCCGCCCCGCCGCCCGAGCCAGAAGAGGAGGAAAACGGCGAGUACACUCCGUCAGGCCGCAAGCGAAGAAAAAAACGACGAAGGCACACCAAGCCGAAACCUGUCGAUAUAGCAGGGGGGUCGCUACAAGAACUCCUUAAGAAGCAUAACGGGUCGGCUUUUAUCACGUUCGGGAGUGUGUGGUGGUCGGUGGAGUACUGUAGACCACCCACUCCCUCUCUUGCGCUCCCCGUUCAGCGGAUGCGGUUCCACUGGCCCCACGUGUACUGUGUGGGGGAGAAGGACAUGGGGUACUCGCCCUCACAGUGCCUCAACUUCUACGGUCAUCGGAAGUUUCUUGUUGACCCACAACAAGUGUGGGCAGUGCAGGUUCAUCGCCCCAUCGAGCCAUUGGAGGGCGGUGUUCACUUGACCCCCGAUGUAGCCUACCUCAACCACUUUCAGGGCCUGCUACGUGCCAACUUCACAUUGUGCUCUCAAGAAGUGCUUCCAGGGAAGGAGCCUGAUUGGUGGACGGAAGACAGCUAUCUGGCUGAGCUAGUGGGCACCAUGAUGAGGAAGGGCCCUCCUAAGAAACGUCAACGUUUUUUCUGAAUACCUUUGUUGAUGUCGGCUGGAGUUGAAGGGACAAGGCGCAUAAAAGGGUUUGUACAUGCCUUCGAAAGGUAGUCUAAUAAGCUUUUAACUAUGGGACUGAAUUAUUUGGUAGGGUGGAUGAAAGUGGGACUUGGUGUACGCAUUGACUAACAACUUGUAC